AUGAGUGCCGUUACUGCGAACAAUGAAGAGGCGGACCGGGUGCUCCGCCAAAAGCGCCGGGCGCGAGGGCCCUCUGCUUGUUAUCCGUGCAAGAAACGCAAAGUCAAGUGUGACGGGAGCGUGCCCUGCCAGACUUGUCGAAAGCGACAGCACCCGCAGAUCUGCACGUAUCAUCUCUCCAUGCACCCGCAGCGUGCGUCGGUGGCGGCACCGGUUCAAGAUGAGACUGCUCGCUCGGCCUUGCCUGUCUGUCCGGGAGAAGCGGGGAAGGUGAGUUGUGAGCCGUCAUCUCUACCUGAUGAGGCGUCCAAAAACUACGUGUACUCUGGAGACAAUUCCUUCGUCUCUAUUUUGGGGUCGAGGGCAUCCGGGGCCAACGACUCGGUGGCUGCAUAUCCAUUCAACCCAAUCAUAGUAGAUAUUGACCAAUUUGAGUCAGACUUAUGCACAUAUCUAAGUGCUCACGCUGCUGGCGAAUUACAUGACCCAGGCAAGAUCUCUGACUGCUGGGCCACCAACAAGUCCAUUGGCUAUAUAAGUCUUUUGCUGGCCACUUUAGCGGCAGGAUCACAUUAUUCGGAUGUCGAAUAUCCCCACCGCCAGGAGCUCUCUAUAGACUUUGCCAGUCGGUCAUUUCAAGCCCUUCGCUUAGCCAACUUCCUCUUCCGACCAUCGCUAGACACCAUUCAAGCCCUUCUCAUCUUGGGGAAUACCUUGCAAAAUAUGGGUCAAUCCGAUUCCGCCUGGGCAAUGCUCGGCACAACGGUUCGGCUGGCCCAAGCGAUGGGGCUGCACGCCCAACGAAACACAGUUCGCUGGCCCGAGUGCAUUAGGACAAGGGCAAGGGCGCUCUGGUCGACAAUUGUGUGGCAGGAUAGUCUCCUCUCUCUUUGCUAUGACCGCCCGCCGAUCGUGUCAGUAACUGAAUGGCCGCUGGACGAUUCCUUCUUUCAACGACAAAAUCUGUCGUACACGGAAAUUAUGCAUUUUAUCUGUCGACUAAAUCUCGACAUAAUGCGGCCUGAAACUCUUGCCGUUGCAGAGGUCAACCGAGCCAUCGAAGGCUUGCAACAGUUUGAUGGUGUUUACCAACGGGGCCAGCCUUAUCUUCGGGCCUGGGAAAACUGCACGACGAUCCAGCAGCAUCUCGAGCACCUCGCAUUAAGAAUGCAUUCGUCCUUCUUCAUUUCCGUCCUGUGCCGCCCAGCUAUAAAGACAUCGCUGGCACAACCACCGCUUCCUCACACCGACAUUCUUCGUACUCGUGCCAAGGCGAGCUUGAUAGAUGCGUCGAAAGCAUUCCUGGACUUCCAGGCCCUCAGCGUUAUUCCACUACGAAGCUGGUCAAUGGUUCACACUGUUCUGAGCUCGACCUUGCUACUUUGCGCCUGGGAAGAGACCCGUAACGAUCCCGAAUGCCGUGGCCUGCAACAAAGAGUAAUCGACGUCUUCUCGUUAUCAGACUCUACCGCCGGCGAUGGUGCUUUAUUGUCAGACAAUAACCGGGAAUGGCUGUCUGCUCGCCACAUUCGGGCUUUGGUUAAGCUGCGAAAUGCAUUGGACCGAGAAGAAGGUAUUAGCACCACGGGUAAUGAGAACUGGGCUGGACUCGGAGCUAAUGAUAUAUCUCCCCUUGGGACUGUACCUGAUGGAUAUUUGGAUAUGCUGGAUCCUGCGGCCAUAUCGCCCGUCACCUAUCUCAACUCAGUCCUUAAUGUAGAGAGCUUGCUGCCCGCUGUCACGGGCUACCGGACCUAG